AUGCUUGGACUAUUCCUCCUCCUAUUUACGGUCCCUCAUGCGGCUGCGCUCAAGGUUAAAAUCGGGCACAUCGGCGCUACCGGGAUCAUGCAGAACGGCGACAAAAUCCUGGAAAUCUCGCGGAAGGAGCUGUGGAAGGAGGGGAUUCUCGCUGACGAUUUUGACGUCGAAAUCAUCACGGCGAUGGGCUGUGGCGAGGCGUUCGAGGGUGUGGCCGUCGGUGCGGAUAUGUACCACGCGCAGGGUGUGCGCGCGUUUAUAGGACCCUACUGUAAUGCUGAGCUUGAUGCGGUGGCAAAGAUGGCCACAUUUUGGAACAUCCCGAUUGUCGGCUAUAUGGCGUCGUCGAAUCAGUUUGUGGAUAAAACAAUCUACAAAACGCUGGCCCGAGUAUCGCUACGUACUACGAAUUCACUGGCAGAGGCAGUAUCAGCGACCCUCAAGCAUUAUGGAUGGUCAAAGGUGGCGAUCGUGACGAACACCGGGGCGCUCGCCUUCGACCGGGUCGGCGGCUUUGAAGAGGUUUUCCACAAACGAUCCGUGCAAGUUGUAAAGAAGAUAAUUUUCGACGAGUCGAGCACGGCAAAAUCAAUGGUUGAGUCGGGGCUGCUGAACGAACUGUCGAAUUUUGCGAGAAUCGUAAUCUGUAUGUUCUCGUCGACGCGCGAGUUGUCUCGCGAAUUUAUGCAGGCGACGAUCAUGUCGGGGAUGAACACCCAUGACUAUGUCUACAUUUUGCCAUGGUUGCAGAGCGAAUCGAAGGACGCGUCGCCCUGGAUUGGUGCCGACGGGCAAAUGCUCCAGAAUAUCAAGGAUCACUAUGCAAAUGCAUUGAUUGUAGACGACGUCAACGGCUUCGACGACACGAUGGUGACUCCCUUCAAAGAAAGAGUCGAGAGCAACGGCAUGACCACUGACGACCUCGAGAUGAAAAACAUCUACGCCUACAUCCACCUGUACGACGCGCUCAAGCUGUACGCCAGCGCCGCCAGGGCAGCCAUCAAUGAAACUGAUGACCCGAAGGUGGUGCUCGAUGGGAAGAGGCUGUGGAAUAAGAUGAGGCGGAUGACGUUUCCGGGCCUCGUCAGCGCCGCUGGCGUCGGCUCGGGUACGGUAAUAAUGGACGACUUGGCGGAGCGGGCCCCAAAAUAUGCCGGCUUCUUCGUCGCUCCAAACCGCGAUAACGUCAUCAAGGUACUCGAGAUGGAGCCGAAAUUUAUCGCCGCCUGCGACGGGUUUAAAACAAAGUCCGGCUGCUAUGAUUUGACGAUGAGCGACCUGGUGACUGGGUUUUGGCCGUCUUCCGACGGAAAACUUCCCCCAGACGAGCCCGUCUGCGGAUACCGUAACGAGAGGUGCGACUACACCCUGUUGAUCAUGGGCGGUGUGCUGGUGAUGAUCAUCCUGGGGGCGACGAUUGCCGGCGCGGUGCUUGUGCGGGUUUGCCAAAACCGCGCGCUGGCCCGAACGCCUUGGCGGCUCUACCGUGAAGAUUUCCGGAUUGUCAACGAGGAGGAGAUGAAAUCGAUGCUGUCAAUAGCCUCAACUCGUACGAAAAUGUCGAACAUGUCGACAUUUGCGAAACAUCAUGCGGUGGUGGGGACGAAUACGCAUGCCUCAUUUCAUAUGUACCCACAGCGACGUCCGAUCACAUUUUCGAGACAGGAUCAGAUGCUGUUGACAAUGAUGAAACAAGCGGUGCACGACAAUAUCAACCCGUUCCUCGGGAUGUCUUUUAACGAAAAGGAGGAGAUGAUUGUGCUGUGGAAGUUCUGCUCGCGCGGUACCAUUCAGGACAUCAUCUACAACGAUGAUGUUUCUAUGGAUGCGAAAUUCCAUGCGGCAUUCAUUCGGGACAUCACACUGGGUCUGGAAUACCUACACGCCUCCCCGAUUGGCUAUCACGGCUCUCUGACCCCCUGGGCAUGCCUUAUCGAUCGAAAUUGGAUGGUGAAACUGACGGACUACGGUAUCGCAAACCCGCUGGAGCGCUGGGAAAAACAAGGCGCAAUCGCCACCGAAACCCUAAAAGAAGGCGCUGGGGAGGGAAAGAGCGGAGCCCUGCAAAAGACAAGCGUACUGUACAACGCGCCCGAGUUGCUACGGAAUCGGGAGUCGAACAAGCGCCGCGGCAUGGACCAGAAUUGGGUCAAGCAGUCGGCGGCCCGCCGCCAGUCCGGCGACAUCUACGCGUUCGGGAUGGUGAUGUACGAGAUUCUAUACCGUGCCCUACCUUUUCCAAGCACCACCAGCGUUGAUGAGUUGUGCGACUACAUCCGCGACGGGUCCAAGUCGUACAAACCAACUAUCCAAGAGCGCCAGGAUAUUCACCCGGAUCUGUGCGCCCUCUUACAGGACUGCUGGAAUGAGAACCCGGAAGUGAGACCAUCUGUGCGGAGAGUACGGCUGAAUACGGAGACGUAUUUGAAAGUCAAAGGCUCCCUGGUCGACCAAAUGAUGCGAAUGAUGGAACAGUACGCCAACAACCUGGAAAAGCUGGUGAAAGAGCGAACCGGCAUGUUGGAGGAGGCCAAUAUUCGAGCCGACCGCCUCCUCUCUCAACUCUUGCCAAAAUACGUGGCCAACGAGCUGAAACUCGGCCGCGCCGUCCCGCCCAAGCUGUUCAACUCGGCCACCGUCAUGUUUAGUGAUAUCGUCGGCUUCACGACGAUCUGCUCGACGUCGAGCCCGCUGGAGGUGGUGAACAUGUUGAAUGGGCUGUACUCCGGUUUUGAUGACGUCAUCAACAAGCACGAAUCUUAUAAGGUGGAGACGAUCGGCGACGCGUAUAUGAUAGUGUCGGGGAUUCCGGAGGAGAAUGGGCAUCGUCAUAUCUCGCUGAUUUGUGAGACCGGGCUCGGCAUGAUGGAGUAUCUGCGCAGCUACGAGAUCCCGCAUCGCCGCAACAUCCGCAUCCGCAUCCGACUCGGCAUCCACUCGGGUCCCGUAGCGGCCGGAGUAGUCGGGCUGACUGCGCCUAGAUACUGUCUUUUUGGAGAUACGGUAAAUAUGGCUUCGCGGAUGGAGAGCACCGGAAUGCCGGAAAUGAUCCAGUUAUCUGAGGUAGCCCGUGAUUUAUUGAAAUUGCAUUACCCCGAGUACAACUGUACGCUUCGCGGCACCGUCGAUGUCAAGGGCAAAGGCACAGCUACGACGUAUUGGUUGGAGGGGAAAACGGUUCCGGACCCUGCGCGCGACGCGGCCGAGACCAAGAUGCAAAUGCAAGGACUCGGAUAU